AUGAAUUCAGACCGCAGUUGGAUGUAUAUUGGGAGACUGGUCAGAGGAUUGUUGACUGAAGGGUACAUCAGUAACGUUAGGGAGUUUUUGAACUUUGCUUUGCAACACCCCGAGUGUAUGAGUGGGGCUCAGAUUAAAUGCCCUUGCCCUAAACCCAAAUGUCGGAACACUGCUUUCCGAACUGUUGACGAAGUAGAGUUUCAUCUCUAUACAGACGGGUUUGUGAGUAAUUACCACGUUUGGGCUCACCAUGGUGAGGAAAAUAGGAGGGUUGAGGUGCCUAUUAAUGUUCUGCAAGCGGACAACAUGUGGGAGCAUAGAAAUGAAGACGAGGGUUGUAGUUCAUUCCAGAGAAUGGUUACUGAUGCUGGUGGUCCCGAAGUAUGGACAGAAGAGCCUCCAAAUGCAGAAGCUGAGAAGUUUUAUGAUAUGAUGCGUGCGGCCGAAGAACCCAUAUGGCCUGUGAAUGACAAGCACUCCGCUUUGUCUGCAGCCGUAAAUUUUUUAGAAUUCAAGUGCCGAUUUCAAGCGUCUGACGGCCUGAUGAAUGAAAUGAGCGAGUUUGUACAUCAGCUUUUGCCUAAGGACAACAAGUUAGCGAAAAAUUCGUACAACAUUAAAAAGCUAGUCGGAGGGCUUGGGCUUCCAGUGGAGGUGAUUGACUGCUGUAAAAAUAUGUGUAUGAUAUACUGGGGUGGUGAUGCGGGUUUGACUGUGUGUAAAGUAUGCGGGCAUGACAUGUGGAAACCAGCUACUGCGGGUAGUUCAAAAGGAAGAAAGACGAAUAGGUUGUACGCUUCUAGGGCAACAGCUAAACAUAUGAGGUGGCAUGCUGAGCACGAGAUAGAGAAUGGUGUGAUGAAUCAUUCGUCUGACUCGCCAGCUUGGAAACACUUUUCAGAGUUACACCAAGAUUUUGCAGCCGAAAUUAGAAAUAUCAGACUGGGGUUGUGUACGGAUGAGUUUCAACCAUUUGGUGCAUUUGGGCAACAAUACUCGUCAUGGCCGGUAAUUGUGACUCCGUAUAACUUGCCUCCUGGCAUGGCUAUGAAAGACGAGUUCAUGUUUCUAACGGUUCUUGAACUGAACCAUUUGUGGAAAUUUGGGACGCGGACAUACGACAUUCAUAGGCGGCAAAAUUUUCAAUUGAAAGCCGCUCUUAUGUGGACGAUCAAUGAUUUUCCGGCUUAUUCAAUGCUGUCUGGAUGGAGCACAUCGGGUAAACGGGCAUGUCCUCACUAUAUGGAAGAAACUGAUGCAAUUACUCUUCCGAAGAGUGGUAAACAAUCGUGGUUUGAUUUCCACAGAAAGUUCUUACCACCUGAACAUUCGUACCGUAAUAACACUACGGAUUUUAAAAAGGGCUACAAAGAAAGAAAAUCAUUCAGGGGAUACAGAACUGGAGAGGAAAUUGAACAAGAUAUUGACAGCCUUGGUUUUAAAAAUGCAUACGAGUUUGGAGCUCGGGAUACGAAUGCGCAGAAAUUCAAUAAUCAUGGGUGGCAUAAGAAAAGCAUAUUUUGGGAUUUGUCGUAUUGGAAAACGAAUAUGAUUCUGCUUAAUGUUCUCGGGAAGACCAAAGACCAUGCUAAGUCCAGAGAAGAGUUGAAUGAUAUUUUUAAUCGUACAGACUUGGCAUUUAAUCCAUCAACCGGGCAAUAUCCUAAGGCAAUAUAUGCUUUAGACAAAAACGCAAAACAAGCUCUACUGGAAUGGGUUAAAGAGUUGAAGUUCCCUCGAACUUGGCGUCUCUUGCCAAUUGCUUUUCGAGAAUUUCUUCAUCCGUCCGUGUGGGAACCUAUUACAGAGUUGAGCAUCUUCUUUAAAGACCUGACUUGCACAACGCUUAAAGAGGACAACCUAAUUAAGAUGGAGAAAGACAUUGCGAAAAUAUUGUGCAAGUUGGAACGUAUCUUUCCGCCCAGCUUUUUUGAUUCAAUGGAACAUCUUCCUAUACACCUACCCAACGAAGCGAAGCUGGCAGGCCCUGUGCAAUAUCGGUGGAUGUAUCCCUUUGAAAGAUAUCUGAGAAAGUUGAAACGGAAAGUGACCAACAAAGCUAAAGUGGAAGGUAGCAUUUCCAUCGGAUAUUUGUACGAAGAAAUAGCCAAAUUUGCGUCAUUUUACUUUAAUGACGGUGAUCCGACGCUGCCUGACCGGCUGCAACGAAAUGAGACACGUGAUGAUGUCGUGGAUGAUGAUGUAGACCGGCCAUCAAUCUUCAAAUCGAAUGGCCGACCUAUAGGUGCUUCUAAAAAACGAAGUUUGGAGGAGGACGAAUACACCGCCGCCCAUAGUUACAUUCUCUUGAACUGUCCUGAAAUCGAGCAUUACAAGGAUUUGUAUGUUUACGAGUUGUACGAAAUCAUUCCCGGAAUCACCCAAGUUCAAGUAGAAGUGAAUCUUGAGACUGAAUUUGCCUCGUGGUUUGAACGAUAUGCUUAUGGGGAGAAUCAAUUAACCAUGAAUAGUGGAGUUUGCGUUAAAGGAUCACUCUACGCUCCAACGGAAAGUGAUUUUUACGGCAUAUUAACAGAUGUUCUUGAGUUGGAGUACUCGUCUCUGCCAAUUAAGAGGAUUGUCUUGUUCAAGUUUAACUGGUUCGAUCCGACUGAUAGAGUGGUUUUGUUGUUGAUAUGUGCUAUUUUGUACAAUUUGAAGUUUGUAGGAUUUCCCUUAAAAAUGGGUGAUGAGCGUUUUGAGCAGGAGAUGCUGGCCGCUACGCAGACAGCCGAGGGCAGUACAACAUCUACCCCAGUAGAUCCGGACGAAGUUUAUCUUGCUGUUGAGGGGGUGAGGAAGCGGCGUAUCUACGGAUUAGGCUCAGUUGGUUUUGAGUACGUUGCCUCGCAUCGGGGUACUUCUAGUAGACGAGCCGGCAGCUCCUCUCAGACCGUGUCGCUAGCCGCCGAUGCGAGGUUCCUUACUGAUCUCAUCGUUCAGUUCGCGGAUACGAUCCGUGAUCAGCGGGCCCCGGGAGAUGUGCUACCCACUCCUCCACCACCACCUCCACCGCCUCCACCGGCUACUGAUGACGUUGUCCCAGAUGACGACGUCACAGAUUUGUACAUACAAGAUCAAAAUAUAUUUAUUUUAGGAAAUUUUACUUGCUUUUCUUUGAUACUUGCUUUUCUUUGUUUUUGCCUUGGUGUAGCUCAUACUUCUGUGUCGGAAGGAUUUGUCCCCUCAAAAGAAACAUUAAAGAAGGUCAGAAGGCGCUGUGUUCGUGAGAUGGAUUAUGACAGUAAUGAUCGUGUGGAAUCCUUGGCUAAAAAGUUUGAAAUUCGAAUGGGAGCAUAG